UUGUGCCUUGCAGGGAGCAGGGUGACUCUGCCCCAAGUCGGGCCAACAGGAGCCCGGAGCUGUGCUUCCCCUCAGAGGGUAGGAGCCCUCCGCUCUCCCCAGGAGAGCCAGGUAGUCCUAGGGGGCGGGGAGAGCUACAGCAGCAACCAGGGCGGCGCCUCAGGUCUCCCCGGCAUCAUAGAGCGAUCGGUCCUCCUGGCGUCCAGAAGGGCCAUGUGAGUGGAGCUGUGCAGACUCUCCUGGCACCGGAAGCUGGCGGCUUGAGCUCAGACCGGAAGUGGUUACCAGAGGGAAGGCGGUGCCGAGCGGGGCCACUCGCGAGCCGGGGACCUAAGGAGGCGAUGAAGCCCGCAGUGGACGAGAUGUUCCCUGAGGGCGCAGGGCCUUACGUGGACCUGGACGAGGCAGGAGGAAGUACAGGUUUAUUGAUGGACUUAGCAGCUAACGAAAAGGCAGUUCAUGCAGAUUUCUUUAAUGAUUUUGAAGAUCUUUUUGAUGAUGAUGACAUCCAGUGAAAUUAUUCUUCUAACUAUGCAAUGCUAAGGUGUGGAAUCCUCCUGUAGGAUUGUCUCUUUUGUUUGUUUAAAAAAAAAAAAACCCAGAGAGAAUCUGUGUGUUAUCUCUGAAGAGCCACUGGAAACUAGAAGAUCGGUAAAGAUGACAGAAGAAAGGAGUUGCGAACUCUUAUCACGAGAAGGUUACAUGUAGAUUUUCUUCAAUUUUAUUUGCUGAUGUGCUUCUUGAAUAAAUAUGAACAAAAUCUC